CCUGGCAAUCCUGGCAUUGAUGGCGCCACCACGACGACGAUACUGGCAACACUUCGCGUGACGUACAUCCGCAACUGUCAAACCCGACGUUAUAAAAGGGCAAGCACGAGGCAGUAACGGGCACUUGCCGUCUAGCAGCCACGAACUACGGAGCUACAAACCGUUCAGUGUUCUAUAUUGAAGUGAAGAGUAACAGCACCACGCCAUGCCACGCCAUCGGAAAAAGUCGAGGCGCCACGCAAAGAAACGUGACACUAGCUCAAGCUCGUCAGUAUCGAGCACAUCGUCUAGCUCGUCAUCGGACUCGGCAACUUCAAGCUCCAGCAGUGAACAUGCCUCAAGAAAAAGAAGGAAACGUGGCCGUAAGAGAUCGCCAACUGUGAGUCAAAACGUUGUCCUGUCAUCAGUUAUUCCCGAAUAUGACCCUCUGGUAGACGAUAUAGACAUGUGGUUAAAUGUGGUUCAAGCUAACGCGAGUGCAUUCGGUUGGUCGGAUAAUAUGGUUAAAUACCAAGCGUUGCAAAAAUUACGUAAUUCUGCUAAAACGUGGCUAGAUUCUCUUCAGAAAAACGAAACUCGGUGGACGUCAUGGAAAUGGCGUCAAUGGCGUAAAACGUUGUCGGACACUUUCCAAACGAAACGGUGUAUGUUCAAUUUGCUCAAACAGUUAGUCGACACAAAGCCCUUGCCUAAUCAGUCUCUUUACGAGUUUUUCUUUCAAAAAAAGGGUAAAAUUGAUAGAUUAAUGCUAAGAUUUAGUGAAAGGGAUAUCAAUUCGAUUAUUGUUGGUGCAAUUGGCGAUAGCAAUAUAAGUACGGCAGUUGAGGCAGGUAACUUUAGAUACUGUGAAGAUUUAGCUGCAUUUUUGCAUGGUAGGACGUACACCGCGACUGAUAAGCCCCCUAUUCAAAAGACUCAUUCGUAUACUAAGCCAGCGUAUGGAAACAAUGGUUCAACAAGCCAUAAUAAUGAUGAUAGGUCGGACUCUGCUGGCAAAACUGAGACACCUUCUAGCAGUCGAAAUCAGUUAAAUAACCAGGGUUGUUAUCGAUGUGGCGAAAUGGGACAUAAAAGAAAUACGUGUACGGUGAAAGAUACUAUCCGUUGUACUUUAUGUAGUAAAAUUGGUCAUAUAGAAGCUGCGUGCAAAUCUAAAUUAAAGCCUAAACCUGAGAAAGAAGUUGAAGUUUAAAUAUAAUCUAUUGAAGUCUCACGCAAGAUGAAAGUUUUAUAAAAGGUAAAUUUAAAUGAUACAGAGUGUGAUGCGUUUUUUUUAAAUUGGUUUUCUUUUUAUAUUAUAUUGUGGUACGUUUUCACUGUUAGCAACAGACCUAAUACAUCGUUAUAAAUUACAACCAUUCAAAAUAAAACCUAUUAGUUUAAGGGUUUAGACAUGACGAUCCUUUCGUAGUUACCGAAGCAGUUGCGGCUAACAACGUACAACCAUAUGUUGUUGACCAUGUUAAAUGGGUCUAAUUUUCUAAUAUGUAGAACGAAAUUUCAAGAAGCACAAAAGCAUCAUCAUACGUUUGAUCCGGCACAAGUCUUAAGCAUAAA